AUGCGUUUAGCUGAUGAAAACUAUUUUCGUCUGGCACAUAUGUUACCAUGUCGUAUUGUUGAAUACUUGGGACCAAAAAAUGAACAAAUUGAUUCAUGUGAUCAUUCAUCAACACAAGAAUUUUCAAUACAGAAUACAUUACAAGUACAAAAAUGGUUUUAUGAGCAUCAACAUCCAAUGAAUUGUGAGAGUAAACGGUUUGCUAUUAUUGAAAAUUAUGCUUGGUCUGGUUUUGGAUCAACUGUUCAUCAAAUUGUAUGGGCUUUUGGUAAAGCGAUAGCAGAUAAUAGAAUUGCUGUAUAUCGAACUCCAGGAAAUUGGCUUUAUGGAGACUGUAGCUCAAGCACACUAGAUUGUUUUUUUCUUCCAAUAACGAACUGUUCACUUCCAUCUAAAGUUGACAAUAAUCAAGCAAUUACAAUCAACGCUAAUAUUGGUUAUUGGACUACGCCUAUUAUUCCAUCUAUAUUUCAAAAUCGAACUUUUAAUUGGUAUCGUACACAAAUGACAUUUUAUUUAAUGCGAUAUAAGCCUGAAACACUAGCUCAUGUACAUAAUGUCUUAUCACAACAUUUGAAACCACCAUCAAUCGAUCUUCAUCAUCCUUACAUUGCUUUAUAUGUACGUCGAUCAGAUAAAGUUCGAACUGGAGAAAUGUCUCAAGCAUAUACACUUAAACAAUAUUUUGAUUUAUUUGAUGCUGAUGCUCGGCGAGCAAACAUAUCAACAAUUUAUAUCAAUUCUGAAGAUGAACAAGUAUUUAGUGAAUUCAUCUCAAUAAAUAAAGAAACACAAGAUUAUUACAAAUUAUUAAAAUUACCAGUACAAAGAAAUAUUGUUUUUUCGUCAUUACUUGGUAUGACAAACGAACAACGUGGAAAAAUUAUAUUAGAAUUUCUUACUGAUUUAUUCAUUGAAGCUAAUGCAGAUUUACAUGUUGGUACAUUAACAUCAAAUUGGUGUCGAUUGGUUGAUGAAAUACGACUAGUACUUGGAAAAACAAUACCUUUUUAUACACCUGAAAAUAAGUUUUUGAUGAUUUAG